CAUUCCACGGAACCAAACACCAGGGAGCAACUCGAGCCUAGGAUCGAUACGUACGCCUGAUGGCAUCGGCUCGCUCCGCGAUGCUCCAGGCGCUGCUGCUCGCGGUGGCCCUCGCCGCGGCGCCGGGCGUCCUCUCGGACCCGCCGCCGCUCCAGGACUUCUGCGUAGCCGACCUCAAGGCCGCCACGGCGGUGGACGGGUUCCCCUGCAAGGCGCCGUCGACGGUGGUGGACGACGACUUCUUCUCCGACGCCAUGGUCGCCGCGCCCAGAACCGACACCAACCCCUUCGGCGUCAACUCCACGCGCGCCACCGUGUCGGUCUUCCCGGGCCUCAACACGCUGGGCCUCUCCAUCACGCGCACCGACCUCGCCGUGGGCGGCCUCAAUCCGCCGCACUCGCACCCUCGCGGCUCGGAGCUCGUGCUGGUGCUCAAGGGCGAGGUCAUGGUCGGGUUCACCUCGGCGACCAACCGGCUCUUCACCAAGGUGGUGAAGGAGAACGAGCUCUACGUCGUGCCCCGCGGCCUGCAGCACUACCAGCUCAACGUUGGUACCGGGGACGCCGUGUUCAUGGCCAUGUUCGACGCCCAGUCGCCGGGCCUGGUCACGCCGACGCUCGCGCUCUUCGCGACCGAGCCGGCCAUGCCGAUGGAGGUGCUCACCAAGACCUUCCUCAUGGGCGAAGAUGAUGUCACCGCCAUGAAAUCCAAAUUCGCCGGCUUCUGACACUGAAUAUUGGCGGGGGUUCAGCUGGUAAUGCAAUCCACUGCAGUAUCCGUAUUCGUUUCAAGAGCGUGCGUUUGUUGCUGUCUUUGUACCCGACUUGUGUGAGAUCGUUUUGUGUCUCCGUGUGCACUCGCAAGAACAAGUUACGGUUGUGUUUUUAACUCCCUCCGAUCCAAUGCAAGUGUCGUAGUUUUGCAU